UUUUUUUUUUUGGUUGAUCACCUCCUGCUUGGACCUCGACCUCUACUACUUGUACUGCCCCAAUUCUGUUCUACCACAUCCCCUCUCUUUCUCCCUCUCCCUCUCUCUCUUUUUGCUUUCCCGAUAUGCCUUUGGUAUACUACAUCAACUUCUCUUCCGUCUCCGCAUCGCUCUUCCUCCUCCUCAUGCAUUGAUUGCGCAAUGGGGCUGUGACUUGGUCUCUCUGUGCUACUUUCUAUGUACUAUAGUAUACACCACCGUCUCCACCGUGGAUCACCAUUCCUUGAUCCUGUCUUUGCUCGGACAUCCCUCCGAUUCCUAAUCGAGUAUGCUACUCACAUUGCAGCCGUCUUCUCAGAACGGGAUCAAAGGCCCUCAUGACUACGCUAUUGUUCGUCAGUCUAUCCCAACACCUCGGUCCUCUCCGCCCUCCGCACCGGAUCCAGCUGCGGCCAUUGUAGCAUCCAAAAGACCCUCCGUGGACCACUCUAUGGAAUCGUCUCGUGGUGGCUUGCCACCUCCUUCGACUCUGGCGUUGCCGCCGCCGGAUAUCGGCUUCUCCUCCAUGAAUUCCGUGAAUCAACCACUGCCGCGCCCUCCCGCGCAACGGCAGAGCACCGACGAUACCAGUCAGUAUUGGCAUGCGAAAGCUGAGGAAGACCGGAGAAGGCAAGAGGAAGAACGAACCCGUCAGGAAUCGCUACGUUUAGAGCAGCGGAAGAUCGAACAGAGUAUGCUUCGAGAUUCCUUGCAAGCUGGCGUACCGCCUCAUAUGAUUCCGCUCAUCUUUGCGGGUAUCAGCCAGAAUGGCGUCCCGCAAGCAGUCAUCGAAUGGACUCAGCAACAUAUGACACAGGCGCCGGCCGGUCCCCGUGCGCCACCACCGUCGGCACCGGCUCUAUCUCAUUCGUCUCAUUCGUCUCAUCGGCGCAGUCUGCAUGCCCGCGGGGAGUCUCGCUCUAUUCCUCCUGGUCCGUAUGCGGCUCCACCACCGCAACAGGUCGUACCUCCCCCGGGGAUCCUUUUAUCACAACCUCUUCCCCCUUCGGGGCCACCACCCGCUCCGCAGCCACUCGGACGGUCUCCAUUACCCAAUGGGCCAGCGGAUCCCCGGGGUCCGCCCAUGCCUCGACCCAAUCCUGGUGAGCCGCUGGCCCAACAGCAACCUACGAUUAACUUGAGCAACGUUCAUUAUGCUCCAGGGUCAUCUAUCCCGCAUGCUCAGCAUGUCGGGAGCAAGCCGGAUGGCCACCACCGACAAUCUCCGUCCCUGUAUUUUCAUCACUGGGUCCCUCCAAGUCAGUCCCAGCCGAAUACGCCUUCCGGCAGAAUCCGACAAGAAUCGCCCUUCGCAUCGCAGGCUUCUCGUCGUCCAGAGUAUCAAAGCCCCCCGGGACGGAAGAGAAAAGCUACUGGUCCUCACCAGCCGGCUCCUUUCCCGUCAUCACGCCCGUCUGAAACAAUUCCCGGUGCUUCUCAAGUCUCUCGACCAGGCUCCCCAUUGGGCCCAGUCCCGCAUGUCGAACCUUCAGUUCACAGCCGUCAGCACAGUGGCGUAUCUGUCAUGUAUGAGCCCCGUGGCCUAGGGCCGUCAGGUUUUGAACGCGGCAGCAGAGCUGCGAGCCCAGCUCAUCAUACGCAGCGUGUGAUUGGGCCCACAGACGACCCGGGCUUAAGGAAGGACUAUGACCGAGUAGAUGUUCCAGAACGUCGAGGCGAGCCGGCUCCAACGGGGAGUAACGUGCAGUACCCACCUGCAGCGCCCCAGCUACAAUAUUCUUCGAGUAUUGGGACUGCGCCCCCUGACUCGGACUUGGACAGCAGUCCCGGGCCUUCUCCAACUUCAGGGAUACCUCGGGCACCCACUCGGCCCGGUGACCAUGGUGCUGCGCCUCCAAGGUAAUCAAUGACUUGUGGGGUUGCGCAAACACUCGUCUAUAUACGACCAUGUCGUCCCCACAGCAAUUGAUUGGUCGACGAAAUAGAUGACUUACGAAGCACUCUAGGAAAAGCAUGUUCUUGUUUUCAACCAGCUCCCCCUCCCUCUGAAUCCGACACUCCUUUAUAUUCUCUUUGUCCUCUACCAAACCAUCCUCCGUUCUACAGUGAUUUGUAUACCACUCACACCUCCCGGCUGGCUCGCGGAGACCAUCUACAUAUGACAUAUUAUGUCCUGUAUCUAUCGGAUCUGUCACCAGCACCUGGGGUGCUGGUGCUAGAUGCUCAAGAAAGCAAGAAAAAAA